CGCGGGUCGGAAAUCGAACGAAAUGGCCCUCGUCCUCCACGGUGAGCGAAAACUCGGCGGACUUCGGUCGCGCUCAGGCCGAGUCCCUCCCCCAGCUCGAGGGGGACUGCGGAGAUCCUAGGCGGCUAAGUGAGUCAUCGCCCUUGGUUCUCCUCGUCGGCCCCAAAGCAACCUCUGCGACGACGCGGGAGUAGCCAGCGUCCCCCUCUCCAAUAGACGCCAGCAACCCAAACUUUUCACGUGUUGUGGCAUUGCAAUUCCACCGGAAAGUGAGAGCUUACCAACCUGCACCACAUGAAGGUGGAAUCCAGGUGGAAACGAAAAGUUGGAACGCACGCGCCAAAAGAUCUCUCUUUCACAUGUAGAUCUUUUUGGCAUUUUUGUUUUUUCAAGGAAAAGGAGGCUAAGGGGGAGACAAUCUGGACCCAGUUCAUACCUAGCUAGCUCUCAAACCGUCAAGACCCAAUCCAACCCAAGUUCUAGAUCAACCCGGUUUUAGAGCCCUUCAAACUCUUAAAAUAACCGAUGAUAAAGCAAACCAAAGACACUUAAAAUAAUGUUUCAUGAUUAUAAUCCUCACAACAAAAUAAAGUUCUACAACUGUAACCUGAACCAUUCAACACUGAGAUUGAAAAAUUUCCAAACCUGCCUCUAAAUUUGAAGGGAAAUGAGAAACCCUCCAAAUCAAAAGCCAGGGUUCGCCCAGGUUAUAUGAGUUUGCUCGGUCUCCGUGGAACUCCUGGUGGACCACAUGGGCUGCUAACGGUCGUACCUUGCGCUGAUCUAUUUUGCCAUUUGGCUGAACCUUCCCCCUAACAUCCUGCUCGUGACGCGAGCUUCGCUCGUGAAACCGUCCCGCUCCUGCAGCAACGCGACAAGCACUGACACGCCUCUCUAACCUACUCGUUGCUCGUUUCCAAAUUUUUUUUUAAAAAAAAAUAGUACGAAAUCCCCUGAACGAAACAGAGAUAUAUGAAUAAGUCCUCCUCCUGUGUCUGUAUCUCACUCCCAUUAUAAAAUUUCUCCGAAAACCCCCUCCGAAUUCUCUAAUGUUUGUUUCCCUUCCUUUUCAUAUAUUUCUCUGGGCGGUUCGUCUCUCCUCAACCUCCUCGUUUGACCUCUUCUCUCCCAUGCCUUCUUCUAUAAUUCCACUCCUUUUCUCCUCCCUUCUUCGUUCCCCAAGCUCUCCAGGGUUUCUCUUAGGCAAUGAAGUGCUUCCACUCCUCCGCCGCCGGCGAUGAUGUGGGGCCCGGGCCGAGGCCUUCCCGGUUCUCCUGGGCUCGCUCACUCAGCGUCGCCUCGGCCGGGUGGCGGGCCGAGCUCGAUCACGGCUCCCGGGGUCUCCCGCGACUGGAGGAGGAGGAUCUCUCGCCCCCAAUCUGCCGCCAGGGGAAGCUGCCGGACGGACUGCGCGCGUUCACGUUCGCGGAGCUGAAGGCGGCGACCAGGGGGUUCAGUCGCGCCCUCAUGAUCGGAGAGGGCGGGUUUGGGUGCGUGUACAGAGGCGUCCUUACGGUUCCGGGAGAGGACGACGACGCCGAGACCAUGGAUGUUGCCGUGAAGCAGUUGAAUCGAAAUGGAUUGCAGGGACACAGGGAAUGGGUUACAGAAGUUAAUUUUCUGGGUGUAGUUAAGCAUCGCAAUCUUGUCAAGUUAGUAGGUUAUUGUGCUGAAGAUGAUGAGAGGGGGAUUCAAAGGCUCCUAGUAUAUGAAUUGAUGCCCAAUAAAAGCUUGGAGGAUCACCUAUUAGCUCGAGUCCCAUCAACUCUCUCAUGGGAGCAGAGGUUAAAAAUUGCCCAGGAUGCUGCACGUGGUUUAGCAUAUCUCCAUGAAGAAAUGGAUUUUCAGUUAAUAUUCCGAGAUUUUAAAACCUCAAAUAUUCUGCUAGAUGAAGAUUUUAAUGCCAAGCUCUCAGACUUCGGGUUUGCCAGACAUGGCCCUGCGGAAGGAGUUGGUCAUGUUUCAACAUCAGUUGUGGGAACUGUUGGCUAUGCUGCACCGGAAUAUGUCCAUACUGGGAGAUUAACUGCUAAAAGUGAUGUCUGGAGCUAUGGGGUUGUUCUCUAUGAACUCAUAACAGGUAGACGGUCUGUGGAUAGGAACCUACCAAGAAACGAACAAAAGCUUUUGGAUUGGGUCAGACCUUAUGCAACAGACCCCAAAAAAUUCCACAUAAUCAUAGAUCCACGGCUUGAAGAGCAAUACUGUGUAAAAUCUGUUCGCAAGCUCAUAACUUUGGCAAAUAGAUGCCUAAUGAAGCAACCAAAGUCCCGCCCUAGAAUGAGUGAGGUAGUUGAGGUGCUUGAACAAAUCAUCGAGAUGUUGAAUGGGGAGACUGGAGGAGCCAUUACAGCUCCCUCAGACAGGGAGGAUACUACUGAUGUAACAGAAAUAUUAAAAGAGAAUGGCAAUGGUAGGAGUAGGGUGUUUGACAUCAGGGAAUUGAUCAGCCUAAAGAACAUGUCUGUAAGAAAGUUGGAUUGGAGAGCAUUGGCACCAGGGGCUGUGGGGAUGUUGGCAAGAACAUGGGGUUAAGUCUGUGAAUGAAGGUCAUGGUAUUUGCCUUCCUCUUCUAUGACUUAAAUGCAUGGGACGAAGAUGGAUCUUUUCUGGGGUACAUGGGACGAAGAUGGGAUCUUUUCAGGGGAACGUGAUCAAGUGGAUCUAUUAUAAAAGAAAAGCAGCAAAGGCUAUUUAUUUUUGAUCCCCCAUCUCUCUCUACGUUCAAUAUGAAUGUAUCAUGGAAAGAGUUGGAUGCUGGGA